AAUUUUUAAUAAAAAUUAAAUUUAGAUAAUAUUUUGUAUUUAGUAAUUUAUAAAAUAUUUAUUAAAGUACAUUCUAAACUGAUUUGAGUCCUUAAAAGAAUACUAACCACAUCUGAGACAUUGUUGACAUUAUGACUCAUUCACGAAAAUCAUCGAUAACCAGUGAUUAUGAUGAAAUGGAUAAACCAUCAGAAGAAAAUGACGAUGAAUCGGUAGAAAAUCUUUUGCAUGCAUUUCGCACUCAAUGGAAGAAAGAAUUAAAUUCGAAAACAGUCAAUCAAGGUCACAACUCACAUUCAGCUCCUUCUAAAGUAAAUAAUAAUCACAAAAGUGAUGAGGAUCAAGCAAAGGAAUUGUUUUUAAAAGCAGCAGAAUUGGAGAAAAUGGGUAAUAUGUAUGAGGCAAUACAGCAUUAUAAAAAAUCGGUGCAAUUAAUACCAGAUAUAGAAUUUCGAAUUUAUGAAAAAGAAAAAUCGAAGCAGAAAAUUACGAAAAAUGAUAAUAAAACAGAUAACACUGAUGUACAAACUUCGAAUUUAAAAAAUAAUAAUUUAGCCUCUGAAGAAGAUUUAGACGAUGAAGAAAUAGAUUUAUUAUCAAAAUUACAAAAAUUAAUUGGAACCAAUCGAUUGUGUACUCGAGAAUUUGAUUCGGAUAUCACUCAUAUUUCCGCUCUACCUAUGGAAAUCAUUUUAUACAUAUUACGAUGGGUUGUUUCAUCGGAUCUUGAUAUGCAAUCUCUUGAAAAUUUUGGAUGUACGUGUCGAGGUUUUUAUCUAUGCAGUAGAGAUUCAGAAAUUUGGAAAUUAGCAUGCACUAGAGCAUGGAAUGCAAAUAGCGAAAUAUAUGCAAAUAGUGAAUUAUAUCCAUCAUGGCGUGAUAUGUUUAUCCAAGGACCCAGAUUAAAAUACAAUGGAUGUUAUAUAAGUAAAACAACGUAUGUUCGUGCCGGUGAAAAUAGUUUCCAAGAUCAAUUCUACAGACCAUGGCAUUUAGUCGCAUAUUAUCGAUAUUUACGUUUUUUCCCCGAUGGACGUGUGCUAAUGUUAACCACACCGGAUGAGCCAGCACAAUGUGUGUCACAAUUAAAAUAUCCAAAUCCAAGAAAUCCGAAUGUAUUAAUAGGACAAUUUUGUCAACAUGAGAAUUUUGUUACAUUAAUUGUACAGAAACAGCAAACGAUGAAAACAUUUUAUCGUGAAUAUAAGAGGCGAACGGCUGAUACAAGGAAUUCUGAUCUUAAUACACAAAUAUUUCAACUUGAACUACAAAUUCAAAAUUAUAAAAAAAGAAAAAAUGUUUUAUUGGGUUUCAUUGAUUAUACGGUCGUUACAAAAUAUAAAAAUGGAAGUCAAACAUGUACAAAAUUUGAUUUAGGUCAUACACGUUUUCCACCAUUAUGUUUUUCGAAAGUGAAAAGUUAUACGGCAAAAGCGGAAAACAUUUUACAAUAGAUAUAAAAUUUCCAUUAAUUUAAAUAUAAUUUUCUUUACUUAUUUAAAUGCGUACUAAAUAUAAAAAAAUUUAGCUUUGAUAAAAUAACUAACAAAGCGUGUAACAAUUUCACAUCCAAGUAUUCUAGGAUUCGAUACAUCCUAGAUUUCUCAUUUAUUAUCUUUGAUAAUAAUUAUAUUUAGUAAUGGAGGUGGGACUCUGUCGAUUGGACUAGGACUUUCUUUGGUCUAAGUUCUAGGGACCACAAAUUAUUAUUAUAUUCGGUAAUUAUACCUUAGAAAAUUGUGGAAUUUUUUCGCUUUGCUGUCUUCUAUAAAAAGUGCUUACACUUAGAAUUAAUAAAAUUUUCCGAUUUGAAUGCUUGUGCAAAAUAUUUAG